AGAAUCUCGGUGGUUCGUGGCAGAUAUUCCUCGACGGAAAACCGAGAGUCCCAAACCCUAAAAACGGAGCAGAAGGGAAACCUCUUAUCUCCCUGAGCUGAAUUUCUCAAGUACACCCUAACAUUGAACCAGAAUUCAGAAGGCGAAUGUUUCCUGGCAUGUUUUCCUAAAAUGCUCUGCAUAUCCGCCAUUGGCAUCAGUUAGCUCGGUCUGGUGCGGUCUCCCGCUGCUAACUACCAAUUAUGUCCUGCGAUCGCUCCAUGGACCGAAGAGAGGAGUCUCAGGCUGGCAACGGCAAUGGCAACGGGGUUGUCGCCUCGAGUCGCCCUCUGUUGGCUAGCCAGAGGCUUCGGUUGAGUCCAAACACCGAACACGUGCCGGAGAACUACGAUGAUCUACAAUUGGAGUUCGUUCCUUCUGUUUUCAGUUCUCUCGAGAGAUACCUACCUCCGAGCAUGUUGAGUAUUUCGCGAGACGCGAAGGUCCAGUACAUGCGAGAAAUAUUGGCGCGGUAUUCGUCCGAGGGGGAGCGGACUAGAGUUCAGAAGCAUAGAGAAUACCGACAGAAGAUAAUAUCACAUUAUCAGCCUUUACAUAGAGACCUGUACACUUUAAACCCAGGAAACUUCUUUGCCCCGUCAUUUAUCAAAGCUGUCAGUGUGAACACGGAGGAGAGCUUUAGAAGUAUAAUAUCAGAACCCUCGCCAGGUGUUUAUACCUUUGAUAUGCUUCAGCCAAGCUUUUGUAAAUUGUUGUUAUCUGAGGUGGAAAAUUUUGAAAAGUGGGUUCGUGAAUCCAAAUGUAGAAUUAUGCGUCCGAACACCAUGAAUAAAUAUGGUGCUGUUCUUGAUGAUUUUGGCCUGGAAACAAUGCUUGAUAAGCUCAUGGACGACUUCAUUCGCCCUAUAUCUAAAGUGUUCUUUCCUGAAGUUGGUGGAUCCACUCUUGAUUCUCAUCAUGGAUUUAUUGUUGAAUAUGGGAAAGAUAGGGAUGUUGACCUGGGUUUUCAUGUGGAUGACUCAGAAGUCACUUUGAAUGUGUGCUUGGGUGAGCAGUUUUCUGGUGGAGAAUUGUUCUUUCGAGGCAUCCGAUGUGAGAAACAUGUAAAUACAGAAACCCAACCGGAGGAAAUCUUAGACUAUUCCCAUGUUCCGGGAAAAGCAGUGCUUCAUCGUGGUCGCCACCGGCAUGGUGCCAGAGCCACAAAUUCUGGGCAUAGGGUCAACUUACUUCUAUGGUGCAGAAGUUCGGUCUUCAGAGAGCUAAAGAAGUAUCAGAAAGACUUCUCUAGCUGGUGUGGAGAGUGCCAUCGUGAGAAGAAAGAGAGGCAACGCCAAUCAGUUGCUGCCACUAAACUGGAAUUAUUUAGGAUGGAAGGAGAAUCAAGGGUUUGAAUAUAUCCCUCUGUAACAUAUGCUGGGAGAUUGUAAAUUAGCACAACUCAUCCUUUACCCUGACAUUGCACCACUAUUUGUAAUGUAUGGAAGGAAUUUUUGUUUCCUUUGUUGCAUCCAUUGAGGAGAUGGCUCUGGCUCUGUAAAGUGGAAUUUUAUUGAAGUUCCUGUAACGUAGUCCUCCCAUCUGUUAGCAGACCUGAAAUUCAGGUGAUUUUUUUGUAGUGCCAAUUUGAUUAAUGUUUGUUUACAUUUUACUAAA